CCGGGCGGAAGUGGCGCCAUGGCGGCGGCGGUGGGCCCGGGCGCGCCGCGGGCCAAGACGAAGAAGAAGCAGAAGCGGUUCGUGCCGCAGCGCGUGAAGGUGCCGCGGGCCGCGGACCCGCUGCUGGCCGUGCUCUGCUGGGGCGUCACCCACCAGGUGAGCGAGCUGAGCCAGGUGCCGCCGCCCGUGAUGCUGCUGCCCGACGACUUCCGCGCCAGCUCCAAGAUCAAGGUCAACAACCACCUCUUCAACCGGGAGAACCUGCCCGGCCACUUCAAGUUCAAGGAGUACUGUCCCCAGGUGUUCCGGAACCUGCGGGAGCGCUUCGGCAUCGACGACCAGGACUAUCAGGUAUCCCUCACCCGGAGCCCCCCGCACUGGGUGGGCAGCGACCGGCGGCUCCUGCUCUGCUCUGACCGCACCCUGGUGGCCAAGGAGCUGUCAGGGGAAGACGUGGCCGAUGUCCACGGGCUCCUCUCCCAUUACCACCAGUACGUGGUGCAGUGCCACGGCAGCACGCUCCUGCCCCGCUUCCUGGGCAUGUACCGUGUGAGCGUGGACAGCGAGGAGACCUACCUGCUGGUCAUGAGGAACAUGUUCAGCCACCGCCUGCCCGUGCACCGCAAAUACGACCUCAAGGGUUCCCUGGUGUCCCGAGAAGCCAGCGACAAGGAGAAGGGCAAAGACCUGCCCACCCUGAAGGACGUGGAUUUCCUGAACAAGAACGAGAAGGUCUACGUGGGGCAGGAAGACCAGAGGGACUUCAUGGAGAAGCUCAAGAGGGAUGUGGAGUUCCUGGUACAGCUGAAGAUCAUGGACUACAGCCUCCUGCUGGGCAUCCACGAGGUGGGGCGGGAGGAGCCAGAGGAAGAGGAGCUGGAGGAAGAAGAAGGGGGGGGCGAUGAGGGGGGGCCCCCGGGGGGGUUCGGGACAUCCCCUGAGGGCAUUGGCACCUUCCUCAACUCCCACCGGCCCCUCGGCCCUGGAGACUUCGACCCCUACGUGGACGUCUACGCCUUGCGCUGCAGCGAGGCUGCCCCCCGCCGUGAGGUCUACUUCAUGGGGCUCAUCGAUGUCCUCACUCAGUACGACGCCCGCAAGAAAGCAGCGCAUGCGGCCAAGACGGUCAAGCACGGGGCAGGAGCUGAGAUCUCCACCGUGAACCCCGAGCAGUAUGGGAAGCGCUUCCUUGACUUCAUCACCAACAUCUUUGCUUAGGGGGGGCCUCAGGACCAACGGCCCACCCACCCCCGAGGACC